AUGAAUGAGAUGCAUGAAACGAAUGAAGAAGCUAGGGCAGGAAGGAUAAAUGAGAGGCAUAAAAAGAAUGAAGAAGCUAAGACAGGAAUGAUGAAUGAGAGGCAUGAAAAGAAUGAAGAAGCUAAGACAGGAAGGAAGAAUGAGAGGCAUGAAACGAAUAAAGAAGCUAGGGCAGGAAGGAUGAAUGAGAGGCAUAAAACAAAUGAAGAAGCUAGGGCAGGAAGGAUGAAUAAGAGUCAUAAAACGAAUGAAGAAGGUAGGGCAGGAAAGAUGAAUAAGAUGCAUGAAACGAAUGAAGAAGCAAGGGCAGGAAGGAUUAAUGAGAGGCAUGAAACGAAUGAAGAAGCUAGGGCAGGAAGGAUGAAUGAGAGGCAUGAAACGAAUGAAGAAGAUAAGACAGGAAGGAUGAAUGAGAGACAUAAAACGAAAAAAAAGAUAGGACAGGAAGGAUGA